CACUGCCAUUCACCCAGCUCUGAGCAGCAGCCCAGCUGCCGAGUCUGCCGGGAGGGGCUCCCAAGUGCCCUGCCUACUGGCUGCUUCCCGAAUCCCUGCCAUUCCACACACAAACACAUCCACGCAAGCUCUGCCUUGCUCACACACUGAGCCACUUGCACGUACGAGCACAUUCUUCUUUCUUCUCCCUGCCUUGGCCCUUGACUUCUACAAGCCCAUGGAACAUUUCUGGAAAGACGAUCUUGAUCCAGCAGGGUGGCCCGUCGGCUGCUGAGCCCUCCGCCGUGCGGGGAAACGAUUUGCGUCCUGCCCGCGGCCACUGACCAUGACCAUGACCCUCCACGCCAAAGCGUCCGGAAUGGCCCCGCUGCACCAGAUCCAAGCGAACGAGCUGGAGCCCCUGAGCCGCCCGCAGCUCAGGAUCCCCCUGGAGCGGCCCCUAGGCGAGGUGUACGUGGACAGCAGUAAGCCCGCCGUGUACAACUACCCCGAGGGCGCCGCGUACGAAUUCAACGCCGCGGCCGCAGCCUCCGCGCCGGUCUACCGCCAGUCGGGCCUCGGCUACGGGGGGUCCGAGGCGGCCGCGUUUGGUGCCAACGGCCUGGGGGGCUUCCCUCAGCUCAACAGCGUGUCUCCGAGCCCGCUGGUGCUGCUGCACCCGCCGCCGCAGCUGUCGCCCUUCCUGCACCCUCACGGCCAGCAGGUGCCCUAUUACCUGGAGAACGAGCCCAGCGGUUAUGCGGUACGGGAGGCCGGCCCUCCGGCGUUCUACAGGCCAAAUUCAGAUACUCGACGCCAGGGUGGCAGAGAGAGGUUGGCCAGUACCAGUGACAAGGGAAGCCUAGCAAUGGAAUCUGCCAAGGAGACUCGCUACUGUGCAGUGUGCAAUGAUUAUGCCUCUGGCUACCAUUACGGAGUCUGGUCCUGUGAGGGCUGUAAGGCCUUCUUCAAAAGAAGUAUUCAAGGACAUAACGACUACAUGUGUCCAGCUACCAACCAGUGCACAAUUGAUAAAAACAGGAGGAAGAGCUGCCAGGCCUGCCGGCUCCGCAAAUGCUAUGAAGUGGGGAUGAUGAAAGGUGGUAUACGGAAGGACCGAAGAGGAGGUAGAAUGUUGAAACACAAGCGCCAGAGAGAUGAUGGGGAGGGCAGGAGUGACGCAGGACCCUCUGGAGGCAUAAGAGCUGCCAAUCUAUGGUCAAACCCUCUCUCAAUUAAGCACAACAAGAAGAACAGCCCAGCUUUGUCCUUGACAGCUGAUCAGAUGGUCAGUGCCUUGCUGGAAGCAGAGCCCCCCAUGAUCUAUUCCGAGUAUGAUCCUACCAGACCGUUCAGUGAAGCGUCGAUGAUGGGCUUAUUGACCAACUUGGCAGACAGAGAACUGGUUCACAUGAUCAACUGGGCAAAGAGGGUGCCAGGAUUUGUGGAUUUGACCCUCCAUGACCAGGUCCACCUUCUGGAAUGUGCAUGGCUAGAGAUCCUGAUGAUUGGUCUUGUCUGGCGCUCCAUGGAGCACCCGGGGAAGCUUCUGUUUGCACCUAACUUGCUCUUGGACAGGAACCAGGGGAAAUGUGUAGAGGGCAUGGUGGAGAUCUUUGAUAUGCUGUUGGCUACAUCGUCUCGGUUCCGUAUGAUGAAUCUGCAGGGAGAGGAGUUUGUGUGCCUCAAAUCUAUCAUUUUACUUAAUUCUGGGGUGUAUACAUUUCUGUCCAGCACCCUGAAGUCUCUGGAAGAGAAGGAUCACAUCCACCGAGUCCUGGACAAGAUUACUGACACCUUGAUCCACUUGAUGGCCAAGGCGGGGCUGACCCUGCAGCAGCAGCACCGGCGCCUGGCCCAGCUUCUGCUCAUCCUCUCCCAUAUUCGGCACAUGAGUAACAAAGGCAUGGAGCAUCUGUACAACAUGAAGUGCAAGAACGUGGUGCCCCUCUAUGACCUGCUGCUGGAGAUGCUGGAUGCUCACCGCCUGCACACCCCAGCUGGCCGUGCAGGGGUGCCCAUGGAGGAGAUGAACCAGAGCCAGCUGACCACCACGGGCUCCACUUCGUCGCAUUCCUUGCAAACAUAUUACAUCACCGGGGAGGCCGAGAGUUUCCCCACCACACUCUGAGAGCUCCCCAGUGCCCCCAAGGCUCUGAGAAUCCCUGCAGCAUUUUACCCACAUUACGCAUCACGUUAGCAGAAUUCUGUCUCCUGCAUACACUCCAGCAUGCAUCCGUCACCAGUGGCUUUCGAAUAUGAGUGGCCAUUCAUUUGCUUGCUCAGUUCUUAGUGGCACAUCUUCUGUUGGGAACAGUCAAAGGGAUUUCAGGGCUAAAUCUCUGUAACAGCCCUCCUUUUCCCUUUGCUUCCAGGAUUCCUGUAGCAUAGGGAUUCCUGUAGCUCCUCAUGACUGAACUCAGUCUGUGAGCUGGAGCCCAAAUGACUCUGUGCAUUUAAGCUAUUUGUUGAGAUCAAGGCAGGAAGAGUAGACAUUUCAGCUUUGAUAAGCACUUUUCAAUGGCUCUAAGAAUAAGCCACAGGGAAGAAUUUAAAGUGGCUCCUUUAAUUGCUUGGGGAAAGCCAAGGCAAGGGUUCAUUUAGCAUCCUCUUGUAUUCCUAUAGUCACAGAUGAUUUUAUUAAAGUGAUACCUUAAAGGUAUCACUUUGUUGCAUGGGUAUAGCAGGGUUUUCAGUGGUCAUCUGUUUGCUUUUCCUGUAGGAAUACAAGAUGAACACAAGAAGGGAAGUCCCCUAAAUGUCAAGACUAUGUAAUUUUAUAACUUGCACCUUCAGGCUUGCUGAAAAUUCAACUGGUUUUCCAGAGCACUACUUAUGAGUCAUGGGUUCUAGUUAAUUCUUAUUCCCAUGGGGCUAUGGAAAACAGCAAGUUGAUUUCAGUCAAGUCACUUUCCUAAAUAUCAAUCUCCCUCUACAAGGGAUAAAUUUUUGUUUAUUUGUUUGUUUUGUUUUGUUGAUUUUGCCAUAGGGCUUGUGCAUUCUCCAG